CGCGCCGGCCCGGCCGCCGCGCCGGGCGCACCUCUGCGGCUCUCGCGCUCACUCGGCUGUGGCCGCCCAGCCGGCGAGGUGCGCGCCGGGUUCCUGCCGCGGCCUCCACCAUGGCGGCGCCGCGGCGCAUCCAGUUCGAGGAGAUCCUGCGGCUGGCCGGCGACGGCGGACUCUGGCAGGUGCUGGUGUUCGUCUGGUCCGUCAUCGGCGGCCUGAUGACGGGCGCGCACAACGUCAGCAGCGCCUUCGUCGGCGGCGAGCCGGAGCACCGCUGCGCGCUGCCCGGAGAGCUGGCCAACGAGACUGCCAGCGAGGAGCAGCUGCACCUCUGGCUGCCGUACAACAACGCCACCGGCCGGCCGGCCUCCUGUGAGCGCUGGGACGCGGCCGGAGGCAACCGCACGUUGGGCUGCGACGCCGGCUGGGUGUACAGCCGGGAGCGUUUCCACUCGACCAUUGUCAGUGAGUGGGACCUGGUCUGCGGCCGCCGCUGGAUGAUGUCCACCGUCCAGGCCAGCUACAUGUUCGGCAUCUUCUGCGGCGCCAUGAUCAGCGGCGUGCUCUCAGACCAGUUCGGACGGAGGCGCGCAGUCUGCUGCAGUGGCGUCCUGUUCGUCAUCUCCAGCCUAGCCACGGCCGGGGCUGGCAGCUACGCCGCCUUCGUUACACUGCGCUUCAUCACGGCCAUGGCGGGAUCCGGCGUAUUCGGAUGCAUGUUCAUCCUGACGAUGGAGGUCAUGGGGCCACGCUGGCGAGCUUUGGUCGGACUCGUCUACCAGAUCCCGUUCUCUUUUGGGUUCAUGUCGCUGUCGGCUGCCGCCUAUCUGGUGCGUGACUGGCGUUACUUGCAGUUGGUCAUAUCGGCACCCUCUGUGCUCAUGCUCGGCUUCUGGUGCGUGCUUCCCGAGUCGCCGCGCUGGCUCAUCAUGCAGGACAGGCUGCCGGAGGCGCUUGAUGUGCUGCGUGCUGCCGCACGCCGCAACAAGCGCACGCUGCCCUCGGACGAAGAGAUGAUGAGGAUGAUGGCCGAGUUCCGCGCCGACGAGGUGAAGGAGUCUGCAGGAGAUGACGAGUCCGGCGAUCGCUCGGCGCUCCAGAGCUGCGCCAACGGUGUCUGCGAAAUGUUCCGAUUGGUGCGUACCCCACGUAUGCGGCGAAUCAGUUUGGCCAGCUUCUACAACUGGCUGGUGGUGUCGAUGAUCUACUACGGCGUCACGUUCAACUCUGCCGACCUGAGCAGUAGCCCGUACCUGGCCAUCUUCCUAGCCGGCCUGGUGGAGAUUCCGGCAGUCCUGAUUUCUGUUCCACUCAUCAACCGCAUCGGUCGCCGCCCCAGUAUGGUGGUCACGCACCUGCUGACGGGCGCCGCCAUUCUCUGCAUCAUGGCCGUGCCGCGCUGGCUGGCCUGGCCCAAACUCGUGCUGGGAAUGCUGGGCAAGUUCGCCGCCUCUGCUGCGUUCGGCAUCAUCUACCUGUACACGGCGGAAUACUUCCCCACCACUCUUCGCAACGCCGGCUUCGGGUCUUCCAGCACGUGCGCGCGAAUCGGUUCGAUGGCGGCGCCGUACGUGGUGGACCUGCUGUCGCCAGUGCACUGGACCAUCCCCAGCUGCGUGUUCGGCCUGGCGGGCGUGACGGCCGCGCUGGUGGCGCUGCUGCUGCCGGAGACCAACGGACGCCGGCUGCCGGAGACGGUGGCCGACAUCGAGCGCGGAGUCUGGGAGCGCGUGACGCCUGCCGCAAACGGAGAGAUGGAGACUGUGAAACUGUGAUCGCGUAGACGGCUGGAGUCGGUGGAUACACAGGACGUGAAUACGACUCUGUUGGUGACAUCCCUCGAGUUGCCCCAGAUGGUGUCAUUGCCAGCAGGUGACUGGCAUUCACAAAUUCAGAUAGAGUUACUAACGAACUCACUUUCUGAACCUUGGACCUCGAGAUGUCCUUGGAUGUCUGGGGACUCGAGAAUCCAGCCGAAGGCACUGGAGAGUAGAGAAUGUGUCGCGUGGACAGGCCAGUCGGAAAUGAGGCGUCUCUGCAGCUUGUUGGAUGCUAACUAGCGCUUCAUCCGUGCUCCAAGCUAUCGCGACACUUGUCUGCUGGAACCAAGGACACGGACACUGUCAGAUUGUCGUAGUACUUAGCGGGGCUCACUCCUGAAUUAAUGAAUUGUCUCUUUCCUGAAUGCGGUUAAAUGCUUACAUAUUCAGUUCACCUACGUAAGAAGAUGGGGCGAGUUUUUUUUAUAAUACUGUCGGGGAGUUUUACUGGUCAUGUGUGAUGCCCGACUCCAACACACUAUUAGACGGAACACCGAAUGUCCGCAUUCAGAUCUCUGUCAAUGGGGCCUAUCAUUUCCGCUACUGAUAGGGAGAAGCUAUAUUAAAUACUCGCCCUCCAACUCUUGAAGAGUGCGUUCCAAGGAUGAUCUGUAGUUGGAGAAGGCUUGACGUGCAGCUCACAUUCUAAACAGGGUAUGAAGUAAUGGAAAUAACUGACAUGAAUGCAUGCAUGCCAUUAUGAUAUGUUAGUUGUUGAGUGCAGCUGAGGUGUUAACUUUUUAAGAAAUAAAGUGGCUAGUGGCAAAGAAA